AUGGGCAUGAGCACCAUCGCCGUAGUCUUGCGUGCGAUCGCCAUUCGAAUCCGCAAGAGCACCUGGAAGAGUCAUAACUGCCUUACAGCGCUCACCUUGGCUAUGUUGUCUUUCUAUUUGAUCGACGUAUUCAUCGGCAUCGGUAAGACCAAGUGCCACUCCCGCGUCGACGCCAACAACAUCGAUUGA